UUCUCAUGCAGUUCCGCCAUGACGGAGCCUCCGGGUCUGGGCCAGGCGGAAGAGAAGCGGCGGCUUUGGGGGCGGCUCCGCGCCGGCCGGCUGGCUUCGUGGUGCAAAAGCCUCCUACACGACUAUGCCGAAGCCUGCAAAGAUGUGGCUCAGGGCGUCCGGCAGCGCCCAGGGAAAGCUGGCCUUUAUGUCUCGCUGCUGGCCGGAGUGGUUAGUUGCAGCCUCCGCAGCCCCUGCGAAACCUCUUUCGAGGCCAGCCUCCUGGAAGCCUCAGGCGCCCUCCUUCUCCUCUCACCCUGGACCCGCAGCAGCAGCUCAGAAGGGCACGUCCAGCGGCUGCUGAAGCUGAGGAACCGGGGCCAGCUCCGCUUCCAGAGCCUGCUCUUUUUCUCUCUCGUGUACGAGGUGCCUUUCGACACGGGAGCCGACCUCUACCAAGUGCAUUGCAAGUACCUGAAGCCACGCUGGAUAGAGUUUCCCAGCCAUGUCCUUGAUGUGGGCUUCUGGGGGCAUUGGUGGGUUUUGCACUCCAAAAUGCAGAAUUCAGACAUUAACGAUGAGGAGUUUCGAAAUCUGCCAGAGCAUCUCAGGACAGUUUCUUUCAAUAACUUGCACUCGGAAGCCAAUGAGAAACUUUUUGAUGAGAAGUACAAGCCUGUUUUUCUGACAGAGGAAUAAGAAAGGGAGAAUCGGGGACAACUACGCUAGUAAUGUAGUUUGGUGUAGUGUUCCAUCUCCCUGGAAGAUGGUGGGACAAAGCGAAAAGACCUGUUCAGAACUGACUCUUUUCUUCUAGGAUGCUGGUCCUUAGUGUGCUUUUCCUCUAGACUUAGCUAGUUAUGCGUGAAUAAAUGCUGUUUCAACAUG